UCUCCUUUUCGCCGUCUUUAUGUGUCUGUCUACUUCGCUUCUUAUUUUCGAGUCGCCACAGACGAAAAUUUGGUUUGCAAUUUUGCAAACACCAAUCCCAAGUUUAUGUAAAUAACUCUUAAAUGUGUAAAUUGUUUAGUGUGCUAAUUGUUUUCAAUGGAAUUUUGACCUACAUAUCUGUAGAAGAUGAGUAUUUUGCUACCAUGCAAGGAUCCAUCUUGUCUCGUCUUAAAUAUCCCAGAACUGAUCACUGACGCAUUUCUCGAGAACAUCCACAAGGCGAACGUUGUCUACACGAGCCGCUUCAACAAGUGGUAUCUCAGGACCCACUUGAAGAUUGAUGACUCAAAAAUAUUUUCAUGCCGUUUUAAUCAAACCUAUUUAAUACAAAAUCAAGGUUGCACCUCUGAGUAUUUUCUGUCUGCUGUCCCAUCAAAUUUUUCAAGCGGCUCUGCAGUUUUCGUUUUGAAAGGUGACUCAGGAUACACUAUCUAUCUAGGCAAAUUUCGGGAUGCCCAAAAGAUCCUUCUGAAUCCCCUGAUUCAGAGAAUUUCCCAAGGAGAGGAACCUGUGGUUGUACAGGUUGUAGACCCUGCCGAUGUGUUUGGAAAUGUAAACAGCUUUAAUCCUCCAAAGGAUGAAGUCACUCCAGAGUUCCUCUCUUCAUUAAUAAGGCGAGAGCUCAAGAGGGAACCUGAACGAAUCAUCAUUGGAGCCCCAAUUUUCGGAACGCAAAAAUUACUCCUACAAUUAGCUCAAGAACUACAAAUAACUCUAAAAUUGGACAGAGUGAGAGAGACAAUUUUCUCUUUUCUGCAAUUGAAUGAGGAUUUUUACAGUGCUAAGAAAAACCCAGAUCAUAUAGAAGUAAAGGACUUGAGUAGUUUUUCAUACAACUCUCAGCAGAAGAAAGUCAUCUUCAGUCCAGGCUCCAGGUUUGAAAAUGCAGUGUACAUCAAAAUCGGAUCACUACCAUGUGAUGAAUUGACUGAUGAGAAGUUGUCAUAUGGAAGUAACAUAUUUUAUUUCCUACCAAAUGUUCACACCGUGACUCAAGAUGACUUGGGUAUAUUUCUUGAUAAGCUCAAGCCAAGAAAAAUUCUGGAUCUCCCACCAUUGUUAAUUGAAGCGUGGAAGAUUAGCAACUACAACAGAGAAGGCAACUUUGUCCCAAGAAUGAGGUCUCGUCACAACUCUAGGAUACUAUCCAAAGGAUUUCUUACGAAUUACAAAACCAACCCAAAAAUUCUACCCAAAGAUCUUCAAGAAAUUUUUAGUCACUCUCGGCGACAGAGAUCGGCAGCACCUCGGUGUGACAGUGAAUCUUUUCCAAAUUCAGACAAGGAGCUAACGGUAGUCAGUGUCGAAGGUGACAGUGAAAAAACCGUUGAACUUGUUGAGCAGGAUUCAAAACUGUUCUGGAAAAAGCCUGAAGACUUGCUGAAUCAGAGUAGAUUAACAUCAAGUAAUUUGACAAAGAAUGAAGUUUCCGAGGAGCGAAGCAAGCUUAUGCAGAGCUACUUGGCAUCCGAAUCUGAGCGACUAAAAGGAUCCAAGUCCUCAGACCCUGUAACCAAAGCUGUGAUAAGACCUGAUAGAAAAGCCGCACCCAAGAGAGUUUUUAUUCAGGUUGAGGAGCAAAAAAUUACUGUGCGUAAGUAUAGGAUCCUCAACAGUCCUCCUUGCAGCAGAGAAAACUUAAGUUGGAAGCAAAAAUUUGACUGUGAUCGUAAAUUAAGUUCAUCCCCAGAAGAAGUAGUAGUAGAUUCAGUUUCGGAUGAUGUUCCAACACACAACACCCAUCUGAGGCUUAAGCAGCUCUUGCAAAAGUCAUUACGCUCAGGAACAACACAAACACCAAUUCCAAUUUGCAGAGUUGUUCUCCAUAAAUCAUCCUCGCUCCCAUCCGAUAAUAUCUGUGAUACUAAGUUUGAAAGUAAGAAAAGUCUUCUGACGUAUAAAAAGAAAGAGCGAAACAAUAAAAGAAAAAUGGGGAAUAUUUCUUCAAAGUUAGAGCUGAGGCAGGCUAAAGAAUUGAAAGAAAUGAGGAAAGAAUUAAAGAAUCUUUUGAUCAAUGGGACAUCUAAUUUAUGUCCUGUCAAUCUUGAGUCCCCUAACAGCUCAUUAUCCUACCUAAAUAAGACAUCUCUUUCAUCAGAACAAAGAGACUCUAGCAAAGAAAAGGACUUGAGGGCCAGUUUCAAAUAUGGGCAGAAAAACCAACUCAAGGCUGAGUCUCUAGGGGAUGGGAACUUGAACACACAGAGUGAAAUGAACUGCUCUACAACCAAGAAAAAGAGCCUGCAAGAGCGAGAAUUGCAGUCUCUCAUCAUUGACGGAACUCCAAAUUUAUGCCCCAUUAACUGUGCUGCUUCAGAUAGCUCCGUUGAUGACAUUAAAAGAGAAGAAUUCAAUAGUCGUGCUAGGAGAAAAUGUGAGCCCAAAGAAGGUUCAAUUAAUCACAAGUCAAAUAUCAAGGAAGUACCUAGAACUUCAAGUGAUGGAAGUUGCUCCAUAUCUAAAGAGAAAAACCAGCAUGUCGUAACCUGUAGUAAAACUCGAAAUUCAUCUCAAAUAAACAGUCAACCUGACAACCCAGUUUACAGGAAUAUAAAUGAAAAACUGAAAAGCAAUUCAAUGAGGUUAGCUGGAAACAGGAGUCAUGAAAACAGACACCCAAAAGAUUCAAAACCUAAUGGAUUUUCCUCCUCUGAGCCGAGUUGUGAGUUAGAAGCAGACUUUUCUGAAAUUAAUUCCAAAGAAGAUUCCCGAAAAAGAUUUAGAAGUUGUAGAAAAAUAGAAAAUCCAAACUCAGAAAAUGUUGAAAACUUGUCAACAUCCAUUGAUGAAGGCAGUAAAAGCCUCAAAGUAAAUGGAGCUUUAGACUUAGGUAGUAGUGAUUCAAGUAGACUCUCAUUGGAAAACAACGGUGAUACAUUUGUUGAAAGUCUUAAAGUAAGACAGACAUGUACGAAAAGAAAAUUAGCGGAGGCCUUUACCAGCCCCACCUCCAUGAUCUAUUCAAGAAAACUGAGAAAAUACUCAGAUUCCAGCUAUGAACAUUCUGAAGUUGUGUCCAGUCAUGAAACUGAACUUGGCCAUGAAGUUGGUAAUUCAAACUGUAUUCCUCAAAAAUGGGGAAGGAAAACAACUGAUCAGAGUCAAAAGACUCAUAUCUACCCACCGCAAGGUGAGAAUUUAAAGAAGUUGAUCUCAAGUGGGUUGAAAAGUCUACUGGUACGAAAGAUGGAAGAGGAAUUUAAAGCAGGGCUCAGUAGGAAUCAAGGGAGCCAGCAGUCAGAAAAAAAUUCUAUCAAAGCUAGCGCACAACCUGAAACUAAAAUCCCUUGUGUUUCAGGGAAGAGAGACCUUUUCUCUGCGCCAAGGGAGUCAAGAAAUUCAAAUGUGCCAGAAAAAUCAAGCCCACAAAACAGAGCCAAGAGCAAGGAAACUACAUGUAAAUCACACACAAGCUCUUUUCAGAGAGAGUUAAAUAAUUUAACUGCAGAUGGCAGCGAUAAAGUUUGUCCCAUCAGUAUUCUCUGUGAUAAUGAUGAUGAUUUAAUUUCAAGGAAGCUCAGAAUUAGUAAGUUUCAGGUGGAACAAGACUCAAAUAAGGUAAGUAAAACGUGUGAAAAGGGAUCAGAAGUUGAUAACAAAACGAGAGCCACCCGGCACCGUGGGAGUUUGAAAGAACUUGAAAAUUUAACCAUUGAUGGAACUCCUAAGCUUUGUCCUGUCAAUAUUUCCUGCAAUGAAGAUGGUUUGAUUUCAAGCAUGCUAAAAGUCAAUGAGUCUCAGGCAGAGAAUAGUGCAGAAAUAACAAGAACAGACCUUGUAAAUGGAGCCAAAGUUGAUAGAAAAAUUGGAAUUUGGAAUGAAGAUAGAACACCUACGAAAUUGGACCCUUCUCCUUCACAGGUAAUAGAUUAUCGUGGGAAAAACUGGUCCAAGGAGCUGAAAAAAUUGAGUAUUGAUGGAACUUCGAAAAUGUGCUCUGGAAAUAAAAUUCCUGCUGAGGACCUGUUCAGUGCACGCAAACUUAAAGAGAAAUUUGAUAUAAUCUUUAAUCAGCCAUCAACAACUCAAAAAUCUAGGCCAAGACCUAACCUAGAAAGGAAAACCAACAACAGUGUUUUUCUCUCGCAGAAAAAACUAGUAAAUGCUUCCAACCAUGCCGAUGGAGUCAGUUCAUUAUCUUAUACACCUAUAGUAAAUACUGGAGCUGAUUUUAAUAUUCCAAGUCUCAAAGAUAUGAGGAAGCCAUCUUCUAAUUCUAUUGCAACAAGUAAAGCUGGAGCAAACUCAGAAACUGAAAUUCUACAGAAGUCUGAUCCGAACUAUAGAACCAACCAAGAGAACAGACCAAUGGAAUCUUUGGCAAGCAGUGAACCCUCGCAGUCUACUCAUCGUAAACUCCCCACAAGAGAAAAUAAGAGGAAGAACAAACUAAAUUUUGAGCUAAAAAAUUUAGCUAUAGAAGGCACUCGUAACCUCUGUCCACUAAAUCUCACAUCUAGUCAUAAAGUCCUCUCACAACCCUGGAAGGAAGAGCAAACAUCAUAUAACAAUUUUUCUAAUGGAUACCUUAAAAGUAAGGUGUCCAAAAAUGCUGCGUUUAAUGGAGCUCAAUCACUGAAGGAAAAGCUUAACAAUGAGGUAACAAAAUGUAUUCUUAACGGUACAACUGACUCAAAUGGAUUACCUCCCAUGUUUGUUUCAGAAACUAAGGAGAAUUUGAAAGAACUUAGUAAAAUAAGCAAGAACCAAAACAAUGAGGCUGUUUUGAAAUCAAAAAAAUGUGAAAGAGAUCUUUCUGACAAGUCUCGCUCAAUUAAAGAAAAUGAAGAUGGAAACCGACAAAUCUUUCAAGAGAAAUGUACCGGGUCCACAGUUUUAGCAGCUGAAAAUCCGGAUGAAGUAGAAUUGAUUCAAAUAAAAAGAGAACGCUCUACUAUCAAUUUCUGGGAUGAUUUAACUGGAAUUGACAUUACCAAGAUCAAACCAUGCAGCAGGAAGACAGUGAAAUUCACUCCAACACCUAUCACAUCUCGUGCUUCAUCUGUUCAAUCAUUUCAGAUGUCACCGAUGAAACAUUUCCUAUCACAUGAAAUUAAAGAAGAUCUAAUCAAUGGAAUGAGGCACAAUUUAUCAGUGAAAGUUCAGAAAUUUGAUAACAGCAACUAUGCGGACCUUGAUUCGCCCAAAUGUUUACCUAACUCUCCUGCAAAGAGUUCAAAAGUGGGCAACACUAGUUCUAUGAAGUUGCUACUGAACACACCAAGUAAGAAAGAGAACAAAUCAAGUCCAACAAAAUCAUUGUUGAGAUCUGCAAGUCUGUCCAAAUCCUUGCUGGAAUCGCCCUCGAAUCAAAGUUUGUUAAACCGGAAAUAUGAAGCAGGCACAUAUGAAAAACCUCGUUUACAAUCCUCUGCCCAGAAAAAAUUGCUGGGCAAAGAGUUGAAAGCUCUUCAGGAAAACUUACUGGAAGCUCGCUUGGAAAUUCUCUCAGGCUUACGUCCUAAGAGACUACGUCAGAAAUUUGAUAAGAGCAACAACAAGGAGCUUGAUUUGCAAGAGCUUUCACUUAAUACCCCUGCAAAGAAUUCGAAAGUGGGAAAUACUAGGGCCAUGAAGUUACUAUCAAGCACACCAAUCAAGAAAGAGAAGAACACCAGUCCAACAAAUUCAUUGUUGAGAUCUACAAGUUCGUCUGAAUCAUUGCUGACGUUGCCCUCAAGUCAAACUUUGUUUAAUCGAAAACAUGAAGCAGAUAGCUACAAAAAAGUUUCUUCACAAUCCUCUGCCCGGAGAAAAUCGCUCAACAAAGAGUUGAAAGCCUUACAAGAAAAUUUACUGGAAGCUCGCCUGGAAAUUCUUUCAGGUUUACGACCAAUGAGGUUGCGCCAACCUGUAAAGAAGCCAAAAAAACUGUACAGUUCAAGUGGCAUGAAAGUUCAAAAGGUGGAAAGAUCGAGGCCUUUUUCAACAGUUAAGAUGUUAGUUGACUGUUUGAAGGAAAGUUCAGAUCAUGAUUGCAAUCUUGACCUUCCAAGGGUUACUAAUUUUGAGGUCAGUCGGCCAUCGGACCGAUUCAAAGUUGCAAAGAAAGAUGACAGCCGCAAGAAAAAUUGCAGUCUCAAAUCAUGUUCUGUUCUUGUGGAAGAUAUCCAAGAAAAAACAAAAUUUUUCCGUCUUCUUGGUUUACAGUUGAGCAGUACAAUCCCGAAGCGGCCUGUGUCUAAGAAGGAAAAGAUCACCAAUCUAAGCUUUUAUCAAUUUCCCAAAAGAUUUAAAAGAUGGAAACGUAAACCCAAUGGGGUAGAUUACUAUUGUUGAAGUCAGGUUCCAAAUGACACUGAAAAUACAGUACAAGUGCAGCAGUCAGUGUAACUUGUAUUGAUAAAGUGAAUUCAUUGCAAAAUCUCGCAAUUACUUUCAAGUUUCAUUAACCAAGAAACUUUUAAGUCUCUUAUUUAUUUUUUUACUAACACAAAUCACACAAUUAUUAACCUAAGAUAGAGUAAUUACCAAACUAAUUUUAGUGUAAACCCACACUAAGACCUGGCAUUUGCUUUUUUCUGUGAAAGCAGUGCACUGCAUCGUUUUGUAGUUUCCUCAUUAAUGCAUUAUUACACCUCAAAACAUCUUAAGUUCCAUUUUAUCUCUUGCAAACAUGUGCAACCUUUAAGAUCCCAAAUUUGUAAUUUUACACUUAAACCUCUGUAAAUUUUGUAUAGCCAAAAUUAUUUGACAGUUGAUAGCCUUGUACAUUUUGUGAUCAGGGUUUGUACAAAAAUUGUAUUUAUUCAUCAGUAAAUGUGUGUCGCUAUUUAAAUAAACACUGAGAUAUAUCUACUAAAUAUUUUCUCCUUCGAAAUUAGGUUUUUGAUAAGCUACAAAAGUUCUAUGAUAUCAAACCUCAGUACUCAGCCAAUAAUUUUUUUUAAAAAUCUCUUUCUAUUUUUGAAGAACUCAGAAAAGCAAAUUACAUUUCAUGUGACAGUUAUGUUUUUUAAACCAAGGAGGUUCUUUCGUUUUUCUUUUUCAAUACUACAUCUAUUUCUCAAAUUUUUGAACUUUAUCUGUUUGUUUCAAAUUCUCAAAAUUUAUCAGUUUUAAAAAAAUAAGUAAGGAAACACUGAUCGCAACACCUGUUUUACCGCGACAGAGCUCUGAUAAAAAUACGAAAUAAAUAUUUUCUUUUCUUUUCUUAUGUAAACACAUCCCUUUAGGAAAGACCUUCACUUCUGAUCUCUUUAUCUGAAGUUAAGAGUGAAUUUAUCAUAGUCAGGUAUGAAAAACUGUCUUCAAGGAUGAAGACUUCUAACAAAUGUUUCUUCAUCCUUGGAGACAAAACACAUGCUUCUAUUACCAUUUUGUCAAUCGAGAGACUGCUUGAAUGCUGUUUCAUAGAGCUGAUAUCAUUUGGACAUCGAGUGUCCUAUUCCUUAAUAACUUUAUUUUUUGGACCCCUUGAUUGUUUAACCGACACAACUGUGUGAAACAUAUCUCAGUUAAUUCCAUAAAUGUUUGGGUCAAAUAUGUGCCAAAAUGUGACCAAAUUCAAUUUCAAAUGUUAAAUAGAGAGUUCGCUCUCUCAAAUUCUUUUCUUGAAUAGCUCAGAUAUUGUACAUUAUUAUCGGUCCUCUCUCCCACUCCCUCCAACCAUCUCAUCAUUAAAGUUGUAAAGUCAUUAGCUUUGUUGGGUAUUAUCUGUAGCUCUGCCUUAGGAGGGAAGAAACUUGGAAAGUAAAUUAAGGCUAUGUGAUACAUGUGAAAUUUUUUGCCAAGAGAUUUAUGACACAUCAUAAGUGUGAUUUCUUUUAUGAACAUUUAUGAUCUGUCCUUUUUCUUGUAGGUUUUGUUAAUAUUUUCUGUUUUUACUGAUUCUUCUUCAGUGAGAAGUUUAAUUUGUUUUAAGCACCGUUUAAAUCCGUCACUGCAAAGAAUCUACCAUGUUAUAUGUAUAUAUUAUAUUCACAUAUGUGUAUAGUUAUGUUUCCAAAGGAAUGCUUCUAAAUUUUUGGCAUGUACAUUUAUCGUAUUAUAAUUUUAUUUUUUCUAAACGGUUAAUUUAUUCUUUAUUGUUUUAUAUUGUACACUGUUACGCUUUCAUAUCAAGAAAUGUCGUUGCAAAAGUGUUCCAUAUUGUAGAAUUCUGAUGGAAAUGGGUCUAAAUUUUCGGAAUUGAAUGCUAAUAUCCAGCAUUUUUUGAUCGUAAAUUCCUCCUCACAAAUUCCUCUGACAUCAUCUACUCAUUUAAUUAUAUGUUCUUACAACAUAUCCAUAAGACAAUCAAGGCGCAACAAAAAUUCACCUUUUGAUAUUGGAAUGAAACGUCACCCGCCUUAUUUAACAUUAUGUACAAUCUGUUCCAAUGGUGCUUCCUCAGUUUUUAUCAUUCCCAUAAAAUUGAUAAAGUAUGGAUAUUUUGUCCAAAAGAAUAGAAAAAAUCACUCUUACAUGAUGGAUCAAUUCCGCAGAAAUUUUUUUCAAACUUCCAAGACUGAUGAAGGUGCAAGGCCCAUUCUCAAUUCUAUGUAUGCAUGCUCAAUUAAAAAAUAUUUUGUGGAGUCAUGUAUAGACUAACUGAUGAGAGUGGAAUUUGUUGCAAUGUUACGUUUUGUUCAUUUUAACGUAUUAUAAACUGUGAGGUUGAAAGGCUGAGGUAUUGUGUUGCUUGGUGGACACACCACAAUUAAAGUCAAAAAAUGAUUAAAAUCAUAAAGUCUCAAACUAUAAUUUAGCGUUCAAAGAGAAAUUCAGUGAAGCAAAAUAUUAAGGUUUUUUUGAAGUAACAUCACAUCAGAGCUUCUAAUGUUGUGUCCUGAAUGGCACCUAAAAUUUUUCUAUGUGUAAUCCGCACCCUCCUAUGAACCGUAUUACUGUAAGGAAUGUGCUCAUUAAUUGUGAUAAUAUGUAAAUAUGAGAUUCCUACACUAAAUUGUUAAAGCACUGUUUUGUUGCUAAGGUGAUCGUUAUCUGUUAAAAUUUAUCCACAUUUUUACCCAUUUAACUACUUAUUCUUUGCCUAAAAAGCCAUUAAAGCAGGAUGACAUUCAAACCACUUUUUAAAAUUACCUAGAUGCACUGUUUGAGAGAAAGAGAAGGACCACGUUUUUGCACCUCUACCAUUUCCUAGCUUAAAAUAUAUUUUUCUUAUGUGACAUUCCUUUCUCUUGAUACAAUUAAAUGGCCGAAGGAUGAUACCCAUGCCAAUAAUUUUAAAACGUUUGUUUCCUUUAAACCAAGUAAAACUCAUCAGCACCAAGUACUCAGAUCCAGCAAGAAAAACGUUGUUGUUCUUUUUCUAAUGACUAAAAAAUUGCCCUAUGUAAAAGUGGGCCCAACUGACUUAGGUCAGACUGAUUCUGAGUCAGGGAGCUAGACUGCCUUGUGUAACAAAUCACUCUGACAAGAUCAGUAGUUAUCAUGAUGUUAUUCCUGUAUUUCCUCUCAGCUCAGUAGGAGUUGAUCAGCUCCUCAUACAUAAUGUAACCUGAUAAAAUACACAUACCUGGAAACCUGUAGAUACACAUGGCAGAAAAAAUACUCUCAUUGUGACAAAUAAUAAUUAAAAUUUUGAGGCAAUCAUUGAAUUUAACUUAAUUAAAUGAGGGUAAACACAGUUGUAGUAUCGGAGUCCAGUUUUUUUUCCCAAUUGACUUGCGCUCUCAAACUGCCCUUGAUAAGCAUAAUCGUAGCAGUUACUUAAUUUCAGAGAAAAUUUCUCAAGAAAAAUUCUAUUGUCAUUUUUCUAAAUUUUGCAAGUGUUUUGGUCGAGAAUGAUUCUUUUGGCUCAUGCGCCAGGGCUGUCAUCUUUUUGGCUAGAAAGUCAAAAUCUUCCAAAAUUUUUCACUCAGUGGAUGCGAUAUAUCGCACGUCAGUUCCGCUUUGCCAAAAACUGGGGACUAAUCAUUCUAAGUAUGAGUGUAUCCAAGCCCAAAGUAUAACUGCAAAUGAAAUUUUUCCAAAUAGUCUGUACGUUUUCAUAUCUGUUGCAUCAUGGACGAAGAAUACAAAUUCCAAUGAUCUGACGCCUGGAUUUAAACUUCCUGGUAGAGUGUCGCCCACCAGAAUAUUUGCAAUUUUUAAUUUAAUAAAGCUUUAGCAAACUGUUUUUAAAACCGAAACUACCAAAAUUUAAAACCAACGAGGUAGCUUGAAAUUUUGCACCAAACACCCAUACUCUCUCUACUGUAGAUUUAUCCUGUAUUUUCUGUAUAGUUCAUUACGAUUGUAUUUAACUUUGUACGUACUAAUCUAAUCUCAUGGUUAAUUUGUUCUGUGUAUUUCAUGCAAAUUAUUUAUUAUCGUAGUUUGUAUAAACAGGGGCUUGCCGCAGAAUCUCCCCAAUCUUUGAAUGAUCUUCCCAGUGGUACCUUGUUUACUUGAAAGCAAUUCUUUAUUUUGAUCUAUAGUUUCUGAUCAAUUUCCCUUAUUGAUCUAUUGUAAAACUUCCUUUAUCAACUUUUAAUUUAUUGUUCUAGAGUUUAUUUUUUAUUAACUCUCUCUUUUUUGUGGACUCAUCAUUUUAUCUUGUACUGCUGUAAUUAAUUAAUUUCAAAUACAUUUUCCAUCCAUGGAA